AUGUCGUCAAGCAAUACUGGGUCUCGAUUGUUUGGUGACGAAGAUCCUUUUGUCAUUGUAAAUUCAGAUGAGGAUGUUACUGUUACUGCCAUCCCUCAGAAGAAGAAAAAGAAAAGGAUUGUGAAAGUGGGUGAUAGGGCAAAAUCUAAGAAGGCCAAGACAGAUGUGCCCCUGAAGGAAACUGCUCCACUGAGCGUCAAGACGGUGCCCGUUGCUACCGAGUCCAUGCAGAAAACUGCGCCAGAGAUAGGGCCAAGCAGAGUUUUGCCUGUGGUAGAGAAAGGAAAGGGCCCUCUCGAGGGGGAGGCCAUAGUCUUGCCUCCCCAACUAUUCGAGGGAGGCCCAUCUGUGGCAGUUCACACCUUCAGCAACCCGCCGUCAAUCGAGUGUCCUAUUCUCGAGGAAUUUGCCGCCCAACUGAAUGAAGCUGACAGCUUGCGGCUGGUGGUUACCCUCGAGGAAAAGGUUUGCCAAGUUCAGGCCAAGGAAGCAGAGAUUGUCGAGAUGCAGGACAAAUAUGAUGAGCUCAACGAGAAGAUGAAGUCGUUUGCCAGCCUGCAUAUUUCCAAGGAGGAGCUUCACCAGUGGUGUACCGCCUUUAUGUAUAAGAUGAUGUCCACAGGCGAAAUGACUGCAGCCCUCGAGGAGGUGAACUUGGUUGCCACCAAGUGCAGUGUGCACCGAGUGGGCGUGGCAGGGUUAAGGAGGCUCGACCAGGAUAGGCCAAUUAAGGCCAAAUGGUUCAAGCAACUCUUGAUGAUGGACCCAAAGAAAACCAUGCACGAGGCCAUGGUGAAGGUCUUGACAAGGUUGAGCCUCGAGCAGCUUCCUCUGUGGGGAGCUUUGACCGGUGGCAUGUCCAAGAUGAGUUCCCCUGCGGAGGUUGCCUCGUUUCCGGGUGACGUUCCUGCUAUCCUGGCCAAGGGUCCGAGUGAGGAAGACCCCAUACCCGAGGUACCUGACGAGUAUAUGGGUAUCGAGCUCGAGGAUGCUGAUGAGGAAACCGAGGAGGAUGUUGCUGACAUCGGCCACUCUAGGGUUCAAAGAACUGUUGAGGACGCCUCUCAGGCCCCUUCCAAGGACCCGUCCAAUGAUCCUUCCACUGAUCCCCUCCCAGGCAGUGACGCUGAAAGUUGGACCGUUCACCGCGUGCACCACAUGGUGUUGUCAGAGGAGCAAUCGAAGGAGUUCCCGUUAUAUUCCAUGAUAAGCGGGAUUCUGAGAAGUCGUGCUGACGUGCACAGCCUCGAGAUGGUGGCACAUUUGGAGAAUGACCUUCUCGAUGCCAUGAGGACGCACAACGUGAAGGUUAACCAGCAUUUGAUAAAUGAGAUCAAAGGACUCCGCGAGGAGAUGCAGCAUCAAGAGGUUCAAAGCCUGAGAGACCACAGUGAUUCUUUGACUUUCGAGGCUGAGAUCCAUGACGAGCUGGUGACCAUUGAGAAGACUCGCCGUUUCAUCGCAGCCAUGGAUAUAUUGAAAGAGAGGUCUCGUGAAAUCGAGUUUCUUACAGAUUAUAUUGCUCAACUGCAAAAUCUUCUGCUGGAUAACAACAUCGACUUCGAGGCUUUCGAGCGUCCGGAGGAAACAGUGGAUCCUCGAACUCGGAGUUCUCAAGAGGAACUAUUGAUGAGGGUGCACGCUUAG